AAUAACAGGGUCCUCGGUGGAAGGACCUCUCGUCGGGGGGAAGUAAACAGACAGGAAUGCAACAUUAAUUAACGCUGCUGCUAUCGAUCCAGAGAUGAGGCAUCUCCGUGUGUAACAGGUUGUAGCCGCCUGUCUGUGGUCUGGGGGUGAUGGCAGAAGACAAUGAGCUGGAGAAGCGUGCUGUAGAGGAGCUCCUCAAGGAGACCGACCGAGCCCGGGUGAGAGCCGAGACCAUGGGCCCUGCUGGAUGGCUGAAAUGCCCGCUGCUGGGCACCAACAAGCGUUUUCUCCUCAACACGCUGCGCUCCACGGACCUGCAGCGGCGCUCCGACGUGUCCACGAGCCGGCGCUCCGACGACCCGAGAGGCCGCACGAGGAGCGAGUCCCCGGACCGACGGCGCGACCGCAGCCGAUCCCCCGCUGCGGAUCACAGGGGCAGCAGAGGCCGCGCAGAGCGCCAUCGCUCUCCUCCCCGCAGGGACGGCCGCAGGGACAAGACGCUGGACGGGGAAAAGGACGGACAGCGCAGGCACAGGGACGACAAAGACAAGAGACACGACGACGGACGAAACAGAGACAAAGACAGGCGGAAGUAGAGUUCAUAAGCCGAGCGGCUCAGUCUGGGGACAGGUGGUGGGUCAGCAGACUGGGGUCCAUGUAAGGCUUAGAAACUGCCCUCUGAACUGGUGUCAGAGCGCCUGAGGUCUCAGCAGAGUUUACCUUUAGACAGACCAGGUUUUCAGAUGUUAUAAGUUAAAAAAAAGUUAGAGGUUUUACUGAUUCUUUUUUUUUUUUAUUUAAGAUUUUGGUAAAGUAAAUGUACAUGCAUUGUCCUUUUUGUGCUUUUUUUUCCUCUCACAAAAACGUGAACAAAUAAAAGCUCAAACUGCCUUUA